AUGUUUAGAUCUAAUAAAAGCUCAACAGUUCCGAUUAGAACUAAAGAGAAAAGUACAAUUUUAGCUCCAUGUAUCAAUUGUGAAGAAUAUAUACCAUUUGAUAAAAUUGAUUUACAUGCUCUAAUUUGCACUCAAGUUUCAAAAAAAGUACUUAAAUAUGCUCAAUCAAAUGUAUUUUUUGAAGAGAAUGAUUUCAAAUUAAGCAAAUUGAAAGCCAAUUUACAGAAUAAAACUUAUAAACAUACUUAAAGAUUAUGUCGAAUUUGUGAAUUGGUAUCUUAAAUCAACACAAUAGGAUGUGUAGAAGAAGCCUCUUUAAAAGAGUUUGAAAGAGAAUUACUCAUCUUAAGUUAAGAACCUAUUCAAUCUAUUAAUUAAUCAUUAUAUAUUGAGAGAUUACAUUCACUUGUUUUAUAAAGAAUGAGUAUCAUUUAAAAUUAAUUAAACCUUAAAGCAAUCAAACCUUCAUAAUCACAAUAGAAUUUAUAUCCUUUAUAAAAUAAUACUUUUGUCUCAAAAAAUUCAACAGGUUCAACCCAAACAACUAACAAUAACAAAUUAUAAAAUUUAAUUCAAAAUAAACUUGAGUAAUCUAAUUAAUUUAAUCAUAACAAUAAACAUAAUUAUUGUUAAUCACCUGAUCCUAGAAUGACUUAUAUAACUAAAUUUUCUUAAAAUAGUCCUAUCUCUCAAUAUGGAUUAACUUAAUAACAUUAAAAAAGUGAAAUAUUAACUCAUAUUAGUGAACCAUAUGCUGAAAGUAUUGAUGAAUAAUCUAAUCCAAAAACAUUUGCUUAAAGAUGUUUCUAUUCAAAAGUUUUAAAUCUUAAAUUAAAUUACCUUUAAUCCAAUCCAGCUUAAAAAAUUCCUGUAUCAGUUUUAUGGAAAUAAGCUGAAAAGAAUAAAGUGAAACCAGAAAAUUGGGAACUAUUUAUUAAAGAUUGUCUAGAUAAACCAUUCCAAUAUUUAGAUCCUCAAAAAAUGAAUUCUCAAUUUAACAAUUCCUCAUAGAUCAAAUUCAAAAAAUAAUUUUGA